AUGGCUGCAAUAGCUUUAAAAGGCCAAUUGGCGUCCAAAAUAGUCCCUAAAAAUGGGUCCAUCAGCGUCAUUUACAUCAAAACCUCAUCCUAUAGCUCUGAUGCGAAACUUAACCUAGCUGCCUACAAAAGAGGAACUGGUGGUCGUAGCAGCUUUAAUGGAAUUGUAGCAACUGUAUUUGGUUGUACUGGCUUUGUUGGUCGCUAUGUCUGCAACAAAUUAGGCAAAAUUGGAACUCAAAUGAUUUUGCCAUAUAGAGGUGACUUCUAUGAUGCAGCGAGAUUGAAGGUAUGUGGAGAUCUUGGUCAAGUUCUCUUCACGCCAUUUGAUAUUCGGGAUGAAGAAUCUAUUGCUAGAGCUGUACAGUACUCCAAUGUUGUUAUCAAUCUGGUUGGUCGUGAUUAUGAAACCAAGAACUUCAAAUUCACGGAUGUCCACGUCGAGGGACCAAGGCGUAUUGCAAGAAUUUGCCGUGAGAUGGGUGUUGAAAGAUUGAUUCAUCUGUCAUAUCUGAAUGCUGAGCGUAAUCCGAAGCCACUUGUGAUGAAGGGCCCUUCUUUGUACAAAAUAAGCAAAUUUUUGGGUGAAUGUGCUGUCAAAGAGGAGUUUCCAACUGCUACUAUCAUUCGUGCUUCCGACAUCUACGGAUCUGAAGACAGAUUCUUAAGGAGCAUUGCAUCAAUUUGGAGACGCCACUCGCACUUUUUGCCCUUGUACAAAAAUGGUGAGGCUACCAUCAAACAGCCAGUCUUUGUUUCGGAUGUGGCACAAGCCAUCAUUAAUGCUGCACGCGAUCCAGACACUAGAUGUCAAGUUUAUCAAGCUGUUGGCCCUAAGAGAUACCUUUGGAAGGACCUUGUUGUGUGGUUCUACCGUUUAAUGCGUAAGGAUGAAAAGUGGGGAUUUGCUCAUUAUGAUAUGAAAUAUGAUCCUAUCUUAUUCCCACUCAAAGUGAUGUUGGCUAAUAAACUCUCGCCAGCAUAUCCAUAUGGUAAUCUACAUUGGGAAGGUCUAGAAAAGGAAUGCACCACAGACGUUGUAGACCACAACUUGCCCACACUUGAAGAUCUUGGUGUUACUCUAACCCAUAUGGAGGAUCAGGUACCAUGGGAGCUGAAACCAUACCGCGCUCACCUAUAUUACAUUGACCAACUUGGUGAAUUCCCCAAGCCACCCCCACCCCCAGUCUAUGCAGAAUAA